UUUCAAAAAAAAAAAAAAAAACUCCCAACUCGAAACUUGAAGCCGCCUUCAGUGCGAGUUUACGAACACCAGGCGCACGCUUUGUGCCCGUCAUGGCGAUAAACCUCUUAUAAUCUCCGUGACUAUGCCUUCUCUUUGUUUUUCACCUCCGACUUUUCCAGAGAAAUCUUAAACCCUAACAGUCUCAAAUCUCAACCCACACGAAAUUUAUACUCGUAAGAGCAAGGUUCAAAGGAGUAAUACUGAUAAUGACCACUAGACAAUUCAGUGGUAGUAAUCUUUCUAGAGGAUUGGCUAGGAAAAGUAGCGUACAUAAUGAAGCAGCAAAGGGGACGAGGCGGUUUUCUUUAGGAUGUCCAAGUGAGGUUGUCAAAGGAUUAGGCCGUAGAGAUGUUGCGUCCAAUUGUUGCUUGUCUGCAGACUACAGAAAAGUUUUAUCACCAUCUGUGACUCGUCGAAAAAAGCCCCGAUUAGGGGUAGCUUUUAAUCAGUUAAGUUCUGGUUAUGGUGUGGAAUCCGCCAAUGUGGAAGAAAGAUCAAGUUUAGAAGAAGAGUAUUCCCUCAUUAAUUCAAGAGAUGAACACCUUGACUCAACUGGGGUUCCAAUUGAUCAAUCACAUUCUUCAGAUGUCAAGCGUGAGCUUAUAAUGCUUUCUUUGCCUGCAAUUGCUGGACAGGCUAUUGAUCCCUUAUCACAGCUGAUGGAGACUGCUUAUAUUGGUAGACUAGGUCCUGUGGAGCUGGGUUCAGCUGGUGUUUCCAUUACAAUCUUUAACAAUAUAUCAAAGUUGUUCAAUAUUCCUCUUCUUAGUGUCGCAACUUCUUUCGUUGCUGAAGACAUUUCCAGGAAUGAAAUAAAAGAUUCUCCUUCUGAACAGAAUGUCCAGGAGAACAUUACCAAUGGCAAACCUACUGCUGAUGUAGCUGAAAGAAAGCAACUAUCCUCUGUCUCCACAGCUUUAUUGUUAGCUGUUGGUAUUGGCAUCUUUGAGGCAGUGGCCCUGUCUUUGGGAUGUGGACCAUUUCUUAACUUGAUGGGAAUAAAGUUGGAUUCACCAAUGCGCGUACCUGCAGAACGUUUUCUUUUACUACGGGCUGUUGGUGCUCCUGCAGUUGUAGUGUCUUUGGCUCUUCAAGGGAUUUUCCGGGGCUUCAAAGAUACAAAAUCUCCUGUCUACUGUUUAGCUUUGGGUAAUUUAUCAGCCAUAUUUUUAUUUCCCAUACUGAUGUAUUACUUUAAGUUGGGUGUAACUGGAGCUGCAAUUUCCACUGUCGUGUCCCAAUAUAUAGUCGCCUUCCUAAUGAUUUGGAAUCUAAAUAAGAGGGUUGUAUUAUUGCCUCCAAAGAUGGGAUCCUUGCAAUUUGGUGUCUAUUUGAAAUCUGGUGGUUUUCUUAUUGGAAGAACUCUUGCUGUAUUAACAACAAUGACAUUAGCAACUUCAAUGGCUGCUCGCCAAGGUCCUCUAGCCAUGGCUGCACAUCAAAUAUGCAUGCAAGUGUGGUUGGCUGUAUCUCUUCUUACAGAUGCACUGGCAGCAUCGGGUCAGGCUCUAACUGCGAGUUAUUUGUCAAAAGGAGACUACAAAAAUGUGAAAGAAGUUGCAAACUUUGUGUUGAAGAUUGGUCUGCUCACUGGUGCUUGCUUGGCUGCAAUUCUGGGUGUAUCUUUUGGUUCCAUAGCCACCCUGUUCACCAAAGAUGAUGAAGUAUUAGGAAUUGUCAGAAUGGGAGUAUUGUUUGUUAGUGUUAGUCAACCUAUGAAUGCUCUGGCAUUUAUUUUUGAUGGCCUUCAUUAUGGUGUUUCUGACUUCCCAUAUGCAGCAUGUUCUAUGAUGUUGGUUGGAGCACUAUCUUCCAUCUUUUUGCUAUAUGCUCCACCAAUUAUCGGCAUUCGUGGGGUUUGGUAUGGUUUGGCUCUCUUUAUGGGCUUGCGUACUGCAGCAGGAUUUAUCAGGAAUUUCAUUCAUAACAAUUGGUAUCAGAGCUUGUGUUGAGACUGAGCUGUGGAAGUACUCAAGAUGACAGCGAGAUCCACUAUGGUGAGCAAUGAAGCUGUAAGAUUGGUGGAAAUAGAGGAACAGUGCCGAGCCUUUCAGUCAGAGUUUCAUGGGUCAAGAAAGGAUGUGGAAGCCUUGAAAUCUGAUGUCAAGAACCUGCAACUGGGAGUGAAGCAAAAUAUGGACAGGAUGACGAGAGAAUUGCAAGAAACCAAGUAUUCAGUCAAAUCUGUGGAAAAUUCCAUGGAGGAGAUGAAAAUUGCAUUUAAUUGGAAGCGCUGAUUCCUGGUUUUGCAACUGUGGAAGGGGUAACAAGAAAAUUCUGACUGUGGUUAGCUUAGCCACAGGAGAAAAAUGAUCUUUAAAUCUAUUCCCUCAAUGUGGUUAUACUCUUUAGCAACCAACCUGUAUUGUCGCAAUUUGUCAAUUAGCACUGAAGAAGGAAUUAAGGGAGAGAAAGAAGAAGAAUUAUGAGCAGAGAAGGAGAAGAUAUAGGUGAGGAAGAGAAAUUAGAGAGGUAAGGAGAAUAGGAGAAGAAAUAGGUGAGAAAGAGAAAUUAGAGAGGUAAGGAAAAUAAUAUUCUGUAUUAACGUGUUUGGAAUGGAUAGCCUCUUUACAAUAAGCUGCACGCAUAUAUAUUGUUUUUCUAACAGAAAAUCUAGCUGGAUAACUACCUUCCAGUUAUCUAACUAUUUUAUGAAUCUAUCCCAAUUUACUCUCAAGUCUAAUUACAUAUUUUCCUCUUUUACAUUUCUCUUAUUUUUUUCUAUAAUACAUAACACUACCCCCAUGAGAACCUUUUUGUCCCAAAAAGGUGUAAAAUCAAGGAACUGAGCUGAGAAGAAAGUUUGGUCCUCCCAAGUGGCAUCUUCAAGAAGUUGACCCAUUUGAUGAAACCUUGUUGAACUCUCUGACCAUUCCUCAAAAUAGUUCUGCUUUGGAGGAUACUUUCUAGAGCUACCACAAAAUUAUCCUCAGACAUGAAGAAUUUAGGAAAAAUUUUGAGUAUUUUUGUAUUUCACUCUUAAUUUUUAUAAUUGGUCUACAUGACUAUUUAUAUACAAAGAAUCAUAUCUAAACAGGAAGCAAAUAAUCAAAUAAUAAUUA